UAAGCAAAAGAAGAAAGCAAAAAAAAAUACUCAUGAGUAGUUGGUCUCAAAAUCAUGUGUUGUUUAUCUUCUUUUUCUACUCAUUCUUAUUAUACAAUUCAUUUGUGUGUUACUCAGCUGAAGAUACCAUAACACUUGAGAGUUUACUCAGUGAUGAGACAAAAGAUUCUCUGGUUUCAGCAGGGGAGGUUUUUGAGCUGGGAUUCUUUGCUCCUAAUGGAAGCUCUGAUAGUAGAAGGUACGUUGGAAUAUGGUACUACAAGUCAAAUCCACAUACAGUUGUUUGGGUGGCCAACAGAGAUAAUCCACUGCCAGGUACUGGUGGAGUUUUUGCCAUUUCAGAUGAUGGAAAUCUCAAGGUUGUGGAUAAAAGUGGGAAAACUUAUUGGUCCACAAAUGUUCCAGCCUCGACCCAGAUGAAUAGAGUGGUUAACCUUAUGGAUUCUGGGAAUUUGGUGUUGAGUAACAAAGACCCUGAAGACAACUCAAUGAGUGUUCUCUGGCAGAGUUUUAAAAAUCCAACGGAUACUUUUCUUCCAGGUAUGAUGAUGAAUGAAAAUUUAGUAUUGACUUCUUGGACAAGUUAUGGUGAUCCUGGGUCAGGGAACUUUACAUUUCAGCAAGAUCAAGAGAAAACUAAUCAGGUGAUUAUAUUGAAAAGAUCAGUAAAGUACUGGAAUAGUGGAGUUUCAGGUAGAUUUAUUAGUCUCAAUGAGAUGCCUCCUGCUAUACUUUAUUUGCUUUCAAACUUCACGUCAAAAACAGUUCGAAAUGACUCAGUUCCUUAUCUCACAGCAUCUUUGUACAAGCACACACGAUUAGUUAUGAGUAUUUCUGGUCAAAUUCAGUAUCUGAGGUGGGAUUCUCAGAUGGUUUCGUCUCCGAUUUGGGAGGAGCCCAGAGACAAAUGCAGUGCAUACAAUGCUUGUGGAAACUUUGGUAGCUGCAAUAGUAUGAACAAUUUGGUCUGCAAAUGUUUGCCUGGUUUCAAGCCAAUCUCGCCAGAAAACUGGAACAUUGUGGAUUACUCAGGCGGGUGUGUUAGAAAGACAACGACAUGUCGAAACAAUUCAAAGAUUGACACGUUCUUAGACCUCAGGAUGAUGAAAGUUGGAAAUCCAGAUUCUCAAUUCAAUGCCAAGACUGAAGAGGAAUGCAAAGUUGAGUGCCUCAAUAAUUGCCAGUGCCAGGCAUACUUGUUUGAAGAAGCUGAGAUGAUUCAUGGCAGUUCAGCAUGCUGGAUAUGGUCAGAGGAGCUCAACAAUCUUCAGGAGGAGUACGACACUGGCAGGAAUCUCCAUGUUCGAGUAGCAGUUACAGAUAUAGAAUUGACUCCCAGGAGUUGUGAAGUUUGUGGAACAAAUCUUAUCCCUUAUCCCCUUAGCAUUGACCCAAAAUGUGGUGACCCCUUGUACUAUAGUUUUCAUUGCAACAAUUCUGAUGGGCAGAUUAGUUUUGAGACACCUAGCGGUACCUUCAGAGUCACAAGCAUUAACCCCGUUACACAGUCAUUUUUCAUCAGACUCAAAGAUCUUGAUAAUUGUAAAGACAGUUUUAGUGAGAAGUUUCUCAAGCUCAACCAGUCAUUGCCAUUUACUAUGAGGCACGGCUGCAAUGCUAACUUGGCCAAUUUUAGUUCUGACAUGAUAUCUAAACAUGGAGUGGAAGUAGAAAUUUCUUGGGAGCCACCAUUGCAGCCACCUUGUUCUUCAUCAGCGGACUGCAAGGACUGGCCAGAUUCAACUUGCAGUACUGCUCAAGAUGGCAAGAAUAGGUGCCUCUGCAAUAAACAUUUUCAAUGGGAUAACUUGAACUUGAAAUGUAGAGGAAAUGGCUUCAACAAGACUAUUAGGAGAGCAAAGAUGACGGCUUUGAUCAUUAUUGUUACUCUUAUAACUAUUGCUGUUGUAAUUACUCUCUCAAGCACUACCAUUUACAUCUGCUGUUGGAGAAGAAAGCUGGUCAAAAGACAAGAUAGCAGAAAAAGCUAUGAGAAGAAUGGGGUGCUUCAGUGGUAUGACAGUGACAGACGAACUAAAAGCAUUGAUUCAGGCAGGUACAAAGAAGAUGAUACCAAUGGCAUAGAAGUACCAUUUUUCGAUCUGGAAAGCAUACUCACUGCCACAUCUUACUUCUCGAAUGCAAAAAAGCUUGGACAAGGAGGAUUUGGACCUGUCUACAAGGGUGAGCUUCCAGGAGGAGAAGAAAUUGCAGUAAAGAGGCUCUCAAGUAGUUCUGGACAAGGCCAUGAGGAAUUUAAGAAUGAGGUUCUAUUAAUUGCUAAACUUCAACAUCGAAAUCUGGUUAGACUUUUGGGUUAUUGCAUUGAAGGAGAAGAAAGAAUGUUAGUUUAUGAAUACAUGGCUAACAAAAGCUUAGACUCUUUCAUAUUUGAUCGAAAGUUGUGCAUGUCAUUAGACUGGGAUAUGCGCUUCAACAUCAUUCUAGGAAUUGCUCGAGGCCUUCUCUAUCUCCACUAUGAUUCCAGGUUAAGGAUCAUACAUAGAGAUUUAAAAACCAGCAACAUUUUACUAGACCAAGAGAUGAUCCCCAAAAUCUCAGACUUUGGCUUGGCAAGAAUUUUCGGUGGUGAUGAAACUGCAGCAAACACCAAAAGAGUAGUUGGAACAUAUGGCUACAUGUCUCCAGAAUACGCAUUAGAUGGACUAUUUUCCCUCAAAUCCGAUGUGUUUAGCUUUGGAGUUGUUGUGAUUGAGAUCAUCAGUGGAAAAAGGAACACAGGAUUUUUUGAGCCAGAACAAGCCUUGAGUCUCCUAGGCUGCGCAUGGCAUUUAUGGAAAGAAGAGAAGGCAUUGAACUUGAUAGAAGAAACACUUGUUGAAAGUUGCAAAAAAGAGGAGUACUUGAAGUGCUUUAAUUUAGGGCUAUUAUGUGUUCAGGAAGAUCCAAGUGAUCGUCCCACUAUGUCUAACGUAGUUUCCAUGCUUGGCAGUGACUCUGCAACCCUUCCAACCCCUAAACAACCAGCCUUCGUAGUCAGGCGAUGCCCUUCUAGCAAAGCCUCAUCCUCAAGUAAACCUGAAACUUACUCUCAUAAUGAACUAACUGUCACUUUAGAAUGUGGCAGAUAGCGAAAGGGUUCUUUUGUUUCUUUAGUUUUUUUCAUCAAUUUUGUUGGCAUUUAAUUGAAUUUUAAGACCCUUUUCUUUUCAUUUUUCAUUGUAACAAUUUUAUUCGUAGUAUCAGAAUUUGUUGACUUUGA